AUGCCUGAGAUUGAGUACCUCCUAGCCCUCCCGCGAUCGACUGUUUAUCACACCCUACAACAUGAACCCGGCUCCUUCAAUGACACUUCCACUCGCAGCGGACGGCCUCGUGCACUCACCCGAGACGACGUUGAGUUCAUUCUGGAGGUUUGCGAGAUUCAGCCAAACAUCUAUCUUGAUGAGUUGAAGGAAGAAUUGGAGCUGCAAAAUGUAGACAUAUCAUUGGCUGCUCUUUGCCGGUAUCUUCAUCGGAAUGGCAUUACACAUAAACGACUUGCUCGGAUUGCUCGUGAACGCGACCACGCAAGGCGUGCACUUUUUGUUGAUACGGUGCAGCAAUAUGAUGCAGCCCAGUUGGUGUCAGUCGAUGAGGCUGCGGUGGACACUCGUAACAUGACGCGGAACUUCGGCUGGUCCUAUAGUGGUGUACGGGCUUCUGAGAGAGUGCCGUUGGAACGUGGUAUUCGAUAUUCUGUUCUGCCCGCAUUGAGUCUCGAUGGUGUACUACAUGUCAACAUUGUUGAAGGAUCAUUCAAUGCAAUCACAUUCCGACACUUCAUUCAUACAUUACUUGACCGAAUGAAUCCUUUCCCUGCACCAAAUAGUGUCAUUCUCCUUGACAAUGCGAGCAUCCAUCAUUCCGAAGAGACUUUGGACAUGAUUGUAGAACGUGGAAUGCGCUACAUAUUUCUACCACCAUAUUCUCCAGACUUACAGCCCAUUGAAGAACUGUUCCAUGAACUGAAGGAAUGGAUACGACGAAACUACAUUGAAGGACGUGCAGCCAUGAGGUGCACCAACAGCCCUGCACAUCCAUGGGUAUUUCUGAUGGAAGGACUUGAUCAUAUUACUCCUGAUGAUGCAUAUGGGUUCUUCAAAGAUACUGGAUAUAUACAAUAA